UUGCGAAACGACAUGAAUCUACUAGACACGCUCUCUGCUCGUUGGACAAAAACGGAAGUAUGCAGCGUGAAUCAUCGCACUUCCGCACAUUCCGCUUUGGCCCAUUAAUUUGUCGUUCUUACUCACUGUCACCCAGAAUUAAUAACUUUUGAUUAUUUUUUAAAUAUUUACCUUUAGUGUCGUUCAGUCAGACACGCAUUUUGAUGGAUUUUGCUUUGUUUUCCUGCGUACAAAGGGGAAGUUGGUCCUUCAGGAAUCUCGGAUAGCUGACGUUAACAGCUGUGGCCCUACGGUUAGCUAAAUUCGCUAGCAUAUGCUAUCUCAAAAGUGGUAGAGUAAAAGUAGUAUGGACCGUUAAGAUAACGAGUUAUGUUCCCGUAGCUUGUGUUCACCAAAGUAUGGUUCUCUUUGUGUAGCUGUCAAGCUAAAUGCAGUUUGAUAGUUCGUGAAUUUUAAACGGCAAUCUCGGCUGUGCUGGCAGAGUUUGGCUUGGUUCACUUUAGGCAGACAUAUUUCACCAUCUACUGCCAAAAUGAUGGAUUUUGAUAAUAUAUUGGACAUCGCAUCGCAAAACCAGGGUGUCAGCAGUGUACAAAGGAGAUACAGUCUUCAGGCAGGACCAUCCAAAAAGGACCCAAAGUCUAAAGGCGUGAACCCUGCUGCAGUGCAGGCACUUUUGAAUAAGCGACAUAAUGACACAAAACAGAAAGAAUUGGAGGUUAAGAAACAAAAGGAGCAGCUACUGGCUAAAAGGGUUGAGUUGAAGUCGGACCGUAAAGCACGAGCCAUGGCGUCCAGAACGAAGGACAAUUUCCAUGGCUACAAUGGCAUUCCAGUGGUUGAGGCUCCUAAAAAGAGGGGUUCAAAAGUAGAUAAGCAGCAAGAUCAUUCAAAUGACUCUGAGAGAUUUAGGAAUAAUGCAAUCAAUCCACUAGAUGAUGAAGAUAAUUAUGAGUAUGAGCAGACAGAUUCAGAGGCAGAGCCUGAGCCAGAGAUUCAGAGGCCAGGGAAGACUAUAGGUGUCAGCAGGACCAGUGGUACUAGCAAAACUGUUUCAAAACAACUUGCUGGGCCACCCAAACCUCCUCCUGCCAUGAACUUUGCUGAUUUACUCAGACUGGCAGAGAAAAAGCAAUUUGAGCCAGUUGAGCUAAAACCCAAGGUGAAAAAGGAAGAAAGACUUCGCACAGCCGAAGAAAUACGUGAACUUGAGAUGGAGCGCAAGGCUAAGAGACCCGACAAAAACAGGGACUCAAAGGUAGACGGUGGCAGAGAGGGAAGCCGGUCUCUGUCCAGUUCUACUUCAGUUAGAAAAAACCCUACAGAGAAAGAACAGAAACACAACAGACCACAAAAGAACUCCAUAGAGAACACAAGUCUGCACAGAUCAGGAAAUAAGGUUAAACCAACGGUGACAAGCGACAGAGGCCUGUCGUUUUCCAAACCUUCUGUGAGUGAUAAAGAGAGGGACAGAAACAAGGUGCCUCACAGUCAUAGAGAACGAUCUAAAACGGGCAUGUCUACAACAUCAGCUGCUACAGUGAGUAAAAACCCUUCAAAGGCCCUCUCAUCUCAGGUCUCAGCCAAGCAAGCAAGCUCCAGGCCAUCGUUUACCCAAAAACCCAGCACCUCAAGUGACCUUAGCUUAAGAAAAGACAAACUGUCAUUGCAUCAAAAAGGAGCUUCCGGUAUUCCAAGGAACAGGCCUUCUAGUGUGGUUGAAGCUUGCCAAAAGUCUCAACAAGGAGGCGUACAGCAGACAAGACCCAUUCAAGGCAGUUCAUCAAAGCAGGCACCUAUUGCCGGAGGGAUGAAAUCCAGCUCGGGACACCUACAAAGGCCUGGAAAUAAUUCUGUUGUGGGAUCAAACGGCAAGUCACUGAUAAGGCCGUCUUUGGGUGGCCCUUCUAAGGCAGGGAACCAGUCUCAGGGGAGGCCUGUGGGCAUACCCCAAAAUAAACCUGGUGGUGCACCACAGGCCAGGCUAGGUGGCAGUGGUCCUGGGAGAGGCGGAUCCCGGCCUCCUGGAUGUGGACCUUUUAACCCUGGUAGUGGAGGACAGGUACCAGGCCGGCCAAACGGUAGCCUUGGAUCAGGGCCUGGCAGACCUAAGUGCACUGUUGUGUCAGAGACCAUCUCAUCCAAGAAUGUUGGUGGACCUAGGCCAGGGGUCUCCGUUCGGCCAGGCAUACAACAGAGACCUGGGAUGAUCCCAGGAACGAGACCAGGAAUGCCACCCAGACCUAUGAUGAACAGACCACCGGGAACCAUGUUACCACCCAUCACAAGUGCAUACAAGAGAAAGUAUGAGGAUGAGGAGGAAGAGUAUGACCCUGAAAUGGACGACUUCAUUGAUGAUGGAGAUGAAGAGCAAGAGGAAAUCUCCAGGCACAUUAAGGAGAUCUUUGGCUAUGAUCGAACAAGAUACAAAGAUGAAAGUGAUUAUGCUCUUAAAUUUAUGGAGAGCAGCUGGAAAGAUCUGCAGAAAGAAGAAGCCAGGAGCUUAAGGAUGGCAGUGCAAGAGGACCUGGAGGAGGAGAGGCGAGAGGAAGAACAGCUGAAACGACAAAAGACCAAGAGGAAAAAAAUCAACUGAGGAUCAACUCCUGUUUUGAUGAAUAAAAAAUUCCUUUGUCCUCUGAA